AUUUCAUUAUAAUAACAAUGGAAUAGAUCAAGCUCCAAAUAAAGGCCACAGAUAUGGAUGAAGAUUUCAUUAAGAAAGUUACUGAUAUUACAUAAUCAGCUAUGCAACAAUUUAGGACUGAGAAACAAAUUGCUCAUCAUAUUAAAUAUGAGUUUGAUAAAUUUGAUCAAUUCGGUUGGAAUUGCAUUGUAGGAAGAAACUUCGGAAGUCAUGUAAUUCAUUAAACAAAAAAAUACAUUUUUUAUCAACACAAAGAAUUGUAUUUCCUAUUAUGGAAGGCUUGAAUAAUCUGAGUAUUGAUUAUUAAGAAUAAGUUUAUAAAUUAACUGUUUC